AUGGCCCAGCAUGUCACCAACGAGUAUAAUCAACCUCUUCAUAACCUUCUUGAAUGGUGGAAGAACAAUCGCAAACCAAUAAGGCUUAGGUCAAUCCACAUGUUGCAGCUCUUGAUUUCUUUCCCGUCUCCGGGUCGUUCGGUUAAAAAGAAAAGAAUAGACCGCAGAGUGAUCGACGGAGGGAGAAAUCGGAUGGCGACUUGUUGGCACGAUUUUAUAGCCGAGAGAAAGAAAGUGGAGGAAGGAGAGACGGACGGUGGAGGAAGUGUUUCCCGGCACCGAGAGAGAGAGACGGCGACGGAGGUUAGAGAGAAGAUGAAGAGUGGUUCAACUGCUUGA